AAGAGAUAGAAACUCUAGAAAAGGACUUGGCAAAAACCAUGAAAGAGAUGGAAGACCUUAAAAACAAACAGGCUAGCCUGCUUGAACAGCUUCAGCAGCAAGAUAACCUGAACAAAUCGUUAAAACAAAAAAACAUACAACAGAAACAGAGCUGUAAAGAUUUGGAAAGUGAGCUGGAGACAAAAAAUGAACUGCUAAAGCAGAAGACCGUGGAAUUAACCAGAGCCUGUCAGAAACAGUAUGAGUUGGAGCAAGAGCUGGCUUUCUAUAAGAUUGAUGCCAAGUUUGAGCCAUUAGGUUAUUAUCCAGAGGAGGAUGUUGAACUUGAUAAUGCACCGAGUGAAAGCCCUUACAUUGGGAAAGCCAGGUAUAAAAGGAAUAUGUUUGCCAUGGAAGGUUACAUCCCCAAUAAGGCCCAGAAAAUGCAAGUGGGAAGACUGGAACAGGAGGAGCAACCAAAAAUCCAGCAAUUUAAGCUUAAUCUUUAUCAAUCACUUGAUGUAGAAUUAGAGGAAAAACAGGGGAAGAUUCAGGCAGCCCAAGAAAGACUGGCUGAACUGCAAGAUGAAAUAGCCAGCUCAGAGCAACGUGUUUUAAAAGCAGCAGAGGAACUUAACCAAGUACAAAAUGCCAUGGAUCAGAAAAAAAUGUCAGAAGCGGAAAAGGAGUGUCUCCGAGAACAGCUGAGCAACAAGAUAUUUCUCCUAAAUCAGCUGCGAGAAGAAGCUGUGGAACUAGAGAAACAGAUGGAAAAGCAGAGGCAAGAAAUGACCCAAAAAGAGAAGGAGCUAGAAGACUUGCAGAGAGCUAUAGAUUCUUUGGAUCCUAAAGACCCCAGACAUGCUCAUAUGAAGGCUCAGAAAGUAAGCAAAGAACAGCAACUUGACAUGAUGAACAAGCAUUACAAACAGCUUGAAGGUCGCUUGGAUGACAUGCUGUCUCGGAUUGCAAAAGAAACAGAGGAAAUCAGGGAUCUGGAGCAACAGCUCACAGAUGGCCAAAUUGCAGCAAACGAUGCACUGAAGAGAGACUUGGAAGGAAUUAUCAUUGGGCUGCAGGAAUACCUAGAGAGUGUCAAGGGUCAAGCCAAACAGGCCAGUGAUGAAUGCAGAUCAUUGCGGAAGGAUAAAGAAGUAUUGCUGCAAAGGCUGGAGGAGCUGGAGGGUGAGAAAAGCCAGCUGGAAAUAGUUGCCAUGGAUGCAGAAAACCUCAGAAAAGAAAUUGCAGAACUUGAACAUGCACUCCACGACCAACAAGAACAAAAUGAAUCCCUGCAGGAAGCCCAAGGUGAAUUGAGUGCCUACGAGGCUGAACUGGAGGCAGAGCUGAAGGCCCGUGAUGCUGAAGCCAGUCAACACAAGGAAGAACUGGAGAGACUAAAACGGCUUAGUCAGCUGGAACACUCUGCUCUCCAAGAUGAACUUAGCAAAGAAAGACAAGCCUUGGAAAAUGCCCAUGCCAAAGCUCAGUUGUUGGAAGAGAAAGAACAGGAAAAUAACAAUCUGCUUUCCCAGCUCAAACAGCUGCAGAAAGACAAUAAUUUUUUGAAACAACAAGUUAAAGAUACUCAAAAUCAACUGAAUCAUGCUGUUAACAACUUAAUUCAUCCUGAAGAGGUCUCUGCUCGUGUGAGUGAACUGAAAAGGAAGCUGCAGACUGGAGCAGAAAUCAGGUGCCAUAACUCAAAGGAUAUUUUAGGAAAAAGCCUUGCAGAUCUGCAGACACAAUUUGCUGAGAUCCUUGCUCAUUCACAGCAAGAAAAUAAGGCCGCACAGGCCAGAGAAAGGGAGCUGCGGAAGGAGAUGGCUUCUCAGCAAGCUAGGCUGGAAGAGGCACAGGAGAAAUACAGGCUGAUUAAAUCUGAGAAGAGACAGAAUGAAAACAGAGUUCAGCAGCUAGAGAAUGAAAUCCAGCAACUAACUGAAAAGCUGAAGAGCAUGGAGGAAAUCCAGUCCCUCACAGAUCAACAGCUUCAGGAUGCUGAGGAAGAGACAGAGAGAGUUCUUGCUCAGCUGGAAGACUUGGAGAACAGGAAAAUUGCAGACGAUGCCAGGUCACAAAGGCAGCUGCUUGGCAUCAAUAAAGAACUGGAGGAGUUGAAACAAGCAAUAUCUGCUUCAGAUAAACAGGCAACAGCAGAGCUCUGUGCAGCCAAAGAUCAGCUCCAGUCACUUCAUGGGACUGUUCGCAAGAUUAACCAGGAACGCUCUGAGGAGCUUCAGGAAGCAGAGAAAUCCUCCAUGGAGGCCCUUCAGGCCUUGAAGGACCUUGCCAGAGCAGAAGAAGAAAUAGAAUUGUUGCAGAAACUUUUGAAAGACAAGGAAGAGCAGUUUCAGUAUGAAAUGGAAAAGGCUGAUGCUGAAACAGCUACAUCAGAUUUCCAGAAAAACCAGAUUGAGAAGUUAAACAAGCUAUUGAAACAGCAGAAAACAGAAAUCGACCGACUACGAAGUCUGUUAAAGCAGGCUGGGGCAGGCAACAAGGAAGAAAUUGGCAACAUACUGGGUGAAAUUGAAGCGCUCAAGCAAACCAUCUCUGACCAGAAUGACACGCUUGCUAGUGUACUAGAUCCACGGAAACAAAGGGGACAUUUGUACAUGCCGACAUCAUCACAAGCAUCUACUCCUGCCUCUCAGAGUACCAAAGAUUCUGGAGUUGGUCUACAGUGUCCCAUGUCCACUCCAGUCAGAAAAGGGCAUGGAGAGGGUAAGCAAAACAGGAGGGAAGCUAUUGUCGCCCCCACUGCCAGAGCCUGCUGGGCAUAUACACCAGUUAGAAGCGGCCUGUCAGAAACUCCCUCUCGUGGAGGUAGGUCAGCUUGAUCCUCAUCCGGGAACCAUGGAGAUGGUGGAGUGACCAUUUGUGGCUCCUCUUCCUUUGUACCGCUUCCUGGUUCUGCUAUAUAUACCCUGUUGCCAGAUGGGGCUCCUGCACCUCCGGGAAUGGCGGUGUAUGGCCGUCCUCCUGUAGGAGCCAGUGGUGAACAGCUUGCUCCCUCUGCAGUUAUAUAUGGAUCCCCUCCAGCAGGAGCCCAGCUAGUUCUUCCAGCUAACUGCUCAGUGCCUCUUGUCCCUGUUGGAGUCCUUCACUGCAACAUACCUGAGCACCAUAAUUUGGAGGAUGAAAUCUCAAGACUAAAAGAUGUACUAGAUCAGUUAAAGUCUGAGCAAGAGGAUGACCUUAAUAAAGACAGGGAAGAAUUGUACCAGGACAUUGAGAACCUCUUGAGUGAAAGAGAAGAGCUGAAGCAUGAAGUAGCAGAGCUGUGCAGAACAGCCCAGAAACCAAGUAAAUACAAGGACUUCACUGAUGGGCAUGUGAACAGCCUGAUUACAGAGCUGGAGCUGGAGCAAUCUCUCCAACGUCAGGAAGACAUUGCAGAUGAAAUCGAAUGCAUAGAAAAAACUCUUCUAAAGAGGCGGGCUGAACUUAGGGAGGCAGACAGACUUCUUGCUGAAGCAGAAAAUGAACUUGAAAACACUCGAGGAAAAACCAAAGACACAAUUCAGAAAUACAACAGCGCCAAGCAACAUUUGACUCAGACUGAAAAGGAAGCCGAGGAGCUUGAGAGACGGGCUCAAGAGAUGGCAGUGAAGCUUGUAAAAGCUGAUCAGCAAUUAAGGUUGCUUCAAGCAGAUGCAAAGGACUUGGAACAGCACAAAAUGGAACAAGAAGGUAUACUGAAGGAAAUCAACAAAGUUGUGUCAGCAAAAGAUUCUGAAUUCCAGUCACUGAGCCAGAAGAUUGAAAUACUGACUGAAAGUCUUCAGAAGCUGCAGACAGAUAUACAAGUUGCAGAAGGUAAUGAAGACCACCAUCUUCAGAUACUUAAAGAAGCAGAAAAUAUUCUUCAGAGCAAAAAAAGUGAGCUAGAGAGGUUGAAGGAGCAGACUGCAGCUAAACAGCAAGAGCUGGGGAUUUUGGAUAGACUGCUCUGUCAAAAAAAGGAAGAGCUGCACCUCCUCCAAGGUAGCAUCGCCCAGAAAAAUGCUAACCUCACAGAAGCUCUCAGGGACGGCGAGGCUGAUGUGGCUGAAAAGCGGCAGCAAAUAAAGGAAGUGAAAUCUCUCUUCGAAGAGCUGAGCGUUCAGAAAGGAGAACUCAGUGCUCAGGUCAGUGAGAAGAGAGCCCAACUGUCCCUAAUCACACAGAAUAUCCGAAAAGAGGAGGAGAGGCUGCAGGAUAUCCUGGGACUCAUAACAAAGCAUAAGACAGAACUGAAGCACGUUCUGGAAAUGUUGCAGCUUGAAAAUGGUGAACUGGAGGGUGUAAAGCUCCAGCAUGAACAAAAAGUUAAUGAACUGGAAAAGAUGCAAGUUGUAGUCCUAGAGGAGAAACUGGAGCUGGAGACUCUGCAGCGGGCCUCCCAGCAGCAGCGAGGGGAAGCGGAACACCAGAGGCAGCGGCUCGAGGGGGCCCAGAAAGAAGCUGAACGGCUGAACUGUCAGUGCCAUACUCUGCAGAACAGCAUCAAGGCACUGAGCAGCGAGAAACAACAGCUAGAAGACAACUGUCAGCGUUUGCAGGAGAAGUUGUCACAAACGAAAAGAACUUUAGCUGCUACUGAAGACAACAGUAAAGCAGUCCUCACCAGCAUAGAGAAUAUGGACUCAGAUAUCCGAAAACUGCAGCUAGAAGUUAACCAGCUACAAAAACAGAAAAAAUCUCUCAAUGAAGAGACUGCAAACCUGCAGAAGCAUUUUCAUGAAAAAAAGGAGGAACUGAAUAUACUGAAGACUGAACUGAAUGAUACCAGACAGCAUUUUCAGCUCUUGCAGCAGGAGUUGAAAAAUGCUGCAAAGCAGAAAGAGGAAGCACUUCGAGAACAAGCAGCCCUGGAAGACGACGUCCGUGAAUAUUCGAGGAAGUGCAGGGAAUUCCAGGAAGAGCAAAGGGAGAGAGAGAACCAGCUGCGUAAGCUCUGCAGGGAAAUUGAAGAGCAAGAGCUGAAACGGUCCCAACAAGAAACGAUCCUUCAGAACCUCAGGGAAGACACAUGGCAUGAGGACAAGAAACUGGAAGAGUGCACAGCUAAACUGAAGGACCAGAAACAGCUGUUGGAACGAGAGCUGGCCAACCACCAAUGUCAACUGCAGCAAACGGUUGCCAAAGUCCAGGAGGCAGAAGAACGGAUCCAGAAGCUUCAGGAGGAAGAGUCCUGGUGUGCAGCCCUUGAAGAAACUGUCAGCAAAACCCGACAUCAGCUUUCUGAAAAAGAACUGAAGCUGCAAGAAAAGAUGGCUGAGGUCUUAUGCCUCCAAAGAGAGCUGGAUCUCUCAAAGGCAGAGCAGGUCGUCCUCCAAGGUCAGAUCCAAGCAGAGAGGAGAAAAGCUGACAAGCAAAUAGCAGGCCUGAGAGAAGCCAUCAAGACGCAGCGGGGCCAGCUUGAGAAGGCUCUUCAGGAGCAAAAACAGGAGAACAGCUGUUUGCAGGAAGAAGUAGCCUCCAUAGAGCAAGUGGCACAGGACAACCACCAGCGAGCAAAGCGGCUAAUGAGGGACCUUGGCCAGAUCCAGGAGGAGUAUGUGCAGCUCAAGUCACAGAUGAAGAGCCAAGAGGAGCUGGAGAAACAACAAAAAGAGCUCAAGGGGGCAGUGAAGACGCUAAAACGGGAAGUGAAGGACAAAAUGAGGACUGGUUUGCAGGACCUAAGCCAGUCUCCUCCAGGGGCAUUAGAGGAUCUGGAGGAAACCUUUGACAUGCAGGGAAGACUGCAGAGUGAAUUAGAAUGUCUAAAGGAAAACUAUCCAUUUGCAGCCAACGAGAUCAGAGUGUCAUGCUUUGAUGGAAAAUUGGACAUGUCUAAAGUCCACGUCAUGGAUGAACAGUGGCGAGGAAAAGCACGCCGAGAACAACUGCAACACCACGAAGACAGGCUGAAGGCUCAGCUUCGGCAGUGCAUGUCUAAGCAAGUGGAGGUGUUAAUUAAAGGCAAGCAACAGACUGAGGGCACCCUCCAUAGUCUGAAGAGGCAAGUGGAUGCCCUGGGUGAGCUCGUUAGCAGCACUUCAACAGACUCUCUUUUUCCAUCACUGAACUCUUCAGGAUUAACAGCCUCACUUCCUGAAGACCUGAACCUCCCAAAGAAUCAGGGCCAAAGGCAGGUCACAUCUUUGGCUCACACUAAGAUUGUGUGUGCAUCUCAUUUUUUUAACCUGCCCAACUGCAAAAGAGCAAGGUUUUGUGCUUCCCCAGAAGAAGUUUGCCAGAUCCCUGUCUAUGCCACCAACAUCUGCUUCUGCACAAAUGCACCAGUACACGGCUUAAUCUCAGCAAAGCAGGAAAGCAGUGAUGUGCUGGCUGGUGCAUAUAACAUGGGUGCAAAAUAGCUGAAGAUUGCUACCUCAUUUCCUUGCAUGAGACAUUCCUUUGGGACAUCUUUCACAUUAUUUUCCUUACGUAUACUCCAUUCAAUAUAUAAUAGUGAAGAUUUUUGCAAUCUGUGACAUUUGAGCACGAAGUCUGAAGAACUCUAAUGAAGCACUUGAAAACCUUACAGCCUUAGUCUCAGUGGUACCUUUGGAGGGGGAGAUUUGAAGAUGGGCAAGAGUUUGGGUUUUUAUAUUU